AUGAGAAUCACACGAUGCCUGUACAACAGCAGGACGGCUCUGCAUAGAGUAUUUGUCUCGCCCUUUGAAAAGGUGGAAGCACUUUCACGACGAAGCGCUCUUCUGAACCCAGGCUCCAGAGCUCUACCAGCAAUCCUGUCACCGCCGUUGCAAGGUUUCGCACGCCACGCCGCCCUCAUCCCCCGAUUCAAGAAAAAAAGGCCAUCGCCAUCGGACUCGGCACCCGACGCCGCUGCCCCCAAGCCAGGCCAGCUUCCCCAGGACCGGGCAAUCUACGAUCGUGAAGUCAUGGUUGUCGACGAGAACAACAAGCUCACCGGCCCGCACAAUACCCGCGCGGUCCUCAAGUCCCUCGACCCCGAGACGCAGUCCCUCCGAAUGGUGUCCAGGGCGCCUGCGCGCCCUGCGCCAGACCAGCCACCGUUCGCAAUCUGCCGCGUCAUCGACAAGAUUGCUGAGAAAGAACGCGAAAGGGCGCAACAGAAGGCCAAGAAGGAUACCGCGCGCAGGUUGGCGAGGGUCAAGGAGCUCGAGCUCAACUGGGCCAUCGCGCCGCACGACAUGGGCCACAAGAUGAAGCAGAUGAAGACGUUCCUGGAGAAGGGGUACAAGGUCGAAGUCCUCUUUGCGAAGAAGAAGAACAGCAGAAUCGCUACAAAGGACGAGGCCGACGCCCUCGUGCAGCAGGUCCGGGAUGCCGUGGCAGAAGUUGCAGGUGCCAGAGAGUACAAGGAGGCCGAGGGGCAACCGCGCAAGGUCAUGAAACUGUACUUGGAAUCGCUGGCGAAACCUGGAUCAAAGCCUACUCCUGCGGUGGAGGCUCCGGUGGCAGACGCUGUUCCGGAAGCAUCGACCUGA